GUAGGUACCUAUAUAAUACGCAAAUCAAUAAUUUAAUUAAAACUAUUACGUAGUAACAAAUAACAAUACAAACAUUCAUAAAAUAACUGCACCUACGUUACUAUUUACCAGAAGAACAUUUUACUAAAGUGUAGAAUUUGUAAAUAUUUUUUUUCAAUAAUUUAUUGGUAUUAAAUUUUAUAAAUGGGUUUUGCUAUGUGCAUCAACUAAAAAAAAACAAAACAUAUCAUGUAUGUUACAGUUGUUUAGUAGACAAAAAUCGUAAUAAUGUCAACGUCUAUAAAAGAGUUUAGUAGGGUUUGGUGGUCAGAGGUGUACAAUCGUAUUAUUGGCGCUGUAGUAUUUCUGGACGACUACAGUGGUGAAUGCUUGCAUUGGGAUGGUGGUCUUUUCAAUCUUAUCAAUAACGGUGCAGUUGCCGUAAAAAGUCUGUCGCCUUUUGAGAGUGCAAAAAAGGAGCAAAGGAAAGCUGUAUUCAUAACACAAACAACAAAUACUCAACUACGUACAAUUAGCAAGAUAAUUCAAAAUAGUGACUUUACUCAUUGUAUUCUCAUAUCAUGCAUCAGCUUAGAUAUUGUUUAUUUAGAACUUCAUGAUGGAAAAGAUGUAAAUGAUUUGGUGUCAUCUGGGAAAGCUCAAGCUGAAGUUACAAAACAAUUAGAGAAUAUGCUUUUAGAAUGGAUUGGAAAAAAACAAAGUAUGGUAGAAGUUGUUUUCACACCUAUUUUCACGAUAUCACCAACAAAUGUAGUCUUUUUGACACCACCAUACCACAAAGUAUAUCCAACAUAUGAUGGAAAAUUGAUUCCAAACACACCCUCAGUAGACUUGUACACUGUAACGAGUGAAGAGCGGUCAUUAAUUAGAAGAUUAGCUAGUGGACUUAACAGUAUGCUCGACUCAAUGAAUAUGAAAGAGGAUCUUUAUUAUAUGGGUGCCUUCAGCUCUCUAAUUGCUGGUGUUUUGGAGAAUUCACCAGUUUCAGUGUCAAGGAGAAAGAAUUGUUCCUUGCCAGUAUCAUUGAUAAUUGUUGAUCGGACAUUAGAUUUAUGUGGUGUAAUGAGUCACUCAAUGGAAUCUGUUCUCGACAAAGUAAUGGCAGUUCUUCCGAAGUGUCCGGGACACUCCAAUGAUGUUGCAGUAGAUAUGUCACCAUUGUGUGAAGCUAAUGUUAUUUCUCAUCCUGAUGAUGUACAGCUGUGUCCGGGUUGUUUAUACCAUGGAAAUGAUGAUUCUUGCGCCCAAACAUACGACCACAUGAUCAAUAAAUCACAAAAGGAGGUUAUGUUUGAUCUUUACAAUAAGUUGUCUAAACUCGACGUCCAGAAGUCACCAGGACCCAAAACACUUUUGAAGGUCACACCGCAGAGUGUAGAAAAGAUAAUUUCAGCGUCAAAAGGUAAUUAUGACAUUAUUGGGAAGCAUCUUGGAAUACUGCAGCAAGCUUUGGGUGUGGUACAAACUCUGAAGUCACCGAAGCGAGUUCAAUUAGAAUUACUGAUGAGCUUAGAACGACAAGUGUUACAAAAUCUUGCAACCAGCAGAGAAUCUACUAGUGUACUGCAUCAGAUGAGCCAUCUGAUCAAAACAAGGAAAGAUCGUAGUCUUCCACUCGAGAAUCUCCUCGCUCUACUGAUCCAUGUAUAUUCUCUGACGGGAACAGAGGUGACGUUUAACAGACAACAUGAGCAAAGUGUGCAGGAGGCGCUCAGUGUUGCCAUAUUCGAAGACCACAAGAGCCUGUUUCCAAGCGAGUUUGUACAUAUCGUGACUCCCGAGGAAUGCGAAGCGAUUGCCAAUAAAAUAAUGAAUCGCUUAAAAGAUAUUUCUCAGAUGAGAAAGAUAUUGCAGAAGUAUAAUUCUGUAUUAAAACCCUGCGAGACGGGCACGGGUCACGAAUACCGAGGUGUGCUGCAACAGCUGGUAGACGACCUUGUGGACACCGACCGACCUGAGCUGACCGACUUGCGUCACCGGAACGAGGGCAUCAAGGAUCUGUUGCGAAGUGGUCUAAAUAUUUUGACAAGCAAGAAAAAAGCUGCAAAGCAUCCACUAGACAAUUCAAUCGUGAUACUCUUUGUGGUUGGUGGAAUCACUGCGGAGGAGUGCAAGCAGCUGCAUCGUAGUGUGAUCACCAGCGGUGUGGACAACGUCGUGCAUAUUGGUUCCACUAAAUUCGUAACGCCCGUGGAGGCGAUGCGAGACGUUCUCAAUUUAUAACGAUGUCUUAAAAAUAAACAGUAAGUUGUACUAUAUUACCAAUGGCAGAAUGAGUAAAUAAUAAGAAGGUAUAAAUUUUCUAAUCCCAUGCGAUUUUCUAAUCCGUACUGUACCAUAACAGCCUGUGAAUGUCUCACUGCUCUUCUAAAGGCCUCCUCUCCCUUUUUGAAGAAGAGGUUUGGAGAUUAUUCCACCACGCUGCUCCAGUGGGGUUGUGGAAUACACAUGUGGCAGAAUUUCAGUGAAAUUAGACACAUGCAGGUGUCCUCACGAUGUUUUCCUUCACCGUAAAGCACGAGAUGAAUUAUAAUCACACAUGAAAAUUCAGUGGUGCUUGCCCGGGUUUGAACCCACGAUCAUCGGUUAAGAUUCUUCUUAUUUAAGAUCGUUCUUAUCACUGGGCCAUCUCGGCUUACCUAAUAGCUCUGAUAUAUUAUAUCUGAUAUAUAGCUCUGGCAAAUAUUAAGGUUUUCAUUACAUGAACUGUUACACUAAGACUGUUACACUGACAGUUCUUGAUUAAUACAAGGUGACACAAAAGCGGGUACGUUUUAACAAUUCAAUAAUACUAAAAGUGAUAGAAGAAAAACAUUUUGUUCAUGUAAUGAACUUCUCUUAAUAUUUUCCAUUUAAGUAAAUUUUUGAUUUUUAUCUGUUUUUUUUAAAUUACGUUCUUUAAUUACGAAUUGAAUGCCAUAAGUUCGUAAGACUAACUCGAGAUAUCAAUCAAUCAAACAACAGCCAAUCAUCGUCCACUACUGAACAUAGGCUUUCGGGGGGGACGCUGCUGCCCAUCCCCCCUUUUCCCCGUCCCUCAGUCGUCUCUUACGAUACCCACGGGAUGAGAUUGGGGGAGUACUAUUCUAAGCCGGGCACUUUACGGCAUAGCCGGCAUAACGAAAUAUCAAUGAAGAACAUCAAUGUUACUUUAUACUUUAUUGUACACCACAAAGAGAAAAAAAAAUACAAAAUAUUGAUACAGCCUAAAUAAAAGUAGCAUACAAUUUUGGCGAUCUUAUCGCUACAUAGCGAUCUCUUCCAGGCAACUUCUUUGGAGUAUGAACACAUCUUGGUCAAAUUUUUAUUGGAACUAUCAUUCGACCAUGACAUCUAAUUUGUAAGAUCGUUGGAACUCCCACUACGCACACUGUUUUUAUAAAACAUUUUAAUGCCUAACGCAUAUUGCUGUCCGUUCCAAUGAUCCAUGGUUACGAAAAAUAAAUGGCAAACUGUUUACUUGCUCAAUAUCAUCUUACCGCAGUGUUGUCAUCUUUUCAUGGCUAUCGAUAGGCAUUUAAAAAUUUCCCGUUUAACUACUUAUGUAUUAUCCACAGUAAUAUUACCGCUAAACUUCCAAGAACAACUUCAUUUAAGACUUGAGUCUUCUAUAUUUCACGAAUCCUUUAUUGACACCAGAGAAUUAAAUCUCGACCAAUGAUAUCAUGUCAUUUUAAAGUCAAUAUUGUUUAUUUAUCUUUGACUCAUCAUUGCCAUUGGAAAAUAUUAUAGUGUAUUUAAAUUGGAAAAUAAAACUUGGGUAUAGAUAAUAGUAAUUUUAAAUUAUAUUUGUUAUUUAUAUGGUUGACAUACGGUCACCAUUAUCAUUGUUAUUAACUUAUUAGACUUUUUUUUUAAAUUAAAAAUAUAGUUUUGUAAUAUUUAUGAAAUAUUAUUUGAUGGAAAGUAAUAUUAUACUUGGUAUGUGACAAUCAUAUCUUAGAUGUUAUUGGCGUAGCCGUUAUUUGAUUGGUGUAUGUAUGUAAGUGUUGCAAAGAUUAUUAAUGUCCGAUAACUAAUUAUGGUAUAUGGUUGCCUAUCUCGAUCUCGGUCCUGGGCUUCAAUUCGCUUCAGGCCUUAAAAAACUAUCGGCUUUUUCUAUCAAGAAAUUCUCCGUAGAAGCUAUGGAGUUUGAAAUGUUAAAGUUAGCUUCUACUAUAAUAGUUAUCAAUUUCUAAUGAGUUUGCAACUAUUUGCAAUUUCUCAGAAAUUGUUAUAUAAUACUUUCUAAAAUCUUAUAAAUUCGAGGUAUUAUAUAUACCGUUGAUCGACAGUAUGUGGCCUUUUAUAAAUUUUAUAUGUAUAGAUUUAUUUAUAUUAAUAUUUAUUUAAACAUUUACGGCUUUACUUAUCUACCUUGUUUAUUGGUUGAUUAGUGCUGUGUUCUUCUUUCAAAUGUUUGACAGAAUCAUUAAUGACAGAAAGAGAGAGAUAACAGCUGCUAAGCAACGUUUAUAAGUAGGGCUGUAAAUAAUUGUAAUUAGUCGUACUUUGAAGUUAUAUUACAUACAACUUCAUUAAGAGAGCUAUUUAAUAUACAAAUUAAUUACGUGUAUUCAUUCAAAUUUUAAAAUAUUUAUAAUACAUUUUAAUAAUAAGUCCUUUUUUUUAAUACAUUAGUUUUACAGUUUUAUCUAUAAUAUUUGCGUGUAAUCGAAGAAAGGCUAAAAGAAAAAAGUAAAAAAUAUUUCGAUAUUAUAUUAGAAUAUUUGUAAAUAUUGCUAAGCUUGAUUUAAAGAUAAAAUAAUUCUUACUCCAGUUUAGUUAUAAGAUUAAUAUAAUGCAAUGCAAUUACAAUGCAAAUAUAACUAAUGAUGAUAUUGUAUAUGAAUGUUGGAUUGUUUUGUUGAGAAAAUAAUGAGUUCGAUUAUUAAGCCUCGCUUACAUUUAAGCGUUUUGUAUAAGGCAUGAAAUGUUUCUAUUGCAGUUAAUUUAUUAUUGUUAAGGAUAUAUGUACAAGCGAUGUUACGUUAUAUAUAUAUGUAGGACAGGGUACCGCUAUUCUUUGGUGUCUAAAAAACGAUAACAGCCUGUGAAUGUCCCACUACUGGGCUAAGUUUCCUCUUCUUUUUUUUGAGGAUAAGGUUUUGGUAUCUACCAUAGACUAUCUAGUCUAAUACUCUGUCAGCAUAGACCUCUUUGCUUUGGGUGACUGGUUUGUUAGAGAAUUGUUUGAUUGAAAAUAAAGAGAGAUGUUUAGUAGAAUAAUAAGUAAAUAUAUGUUAUAACUUCAUCGUUAUUUUAUUUAGUUUAUGUCCGGGGCUUCCCCGCAUAUUAUGUAUCAAUAAAAGAUUGUUUCAUAUCAAAUUUCAUUAAAAUUGGUUCAGUGGUUUAGCGUAACAGAUAGACAGAUAGACUUACUUUCGCAGUUAUAAUGUUACAAGCUGUACCCGCGAUUUCACCCGCGUAUGACUUAAAGAAAUCACUAAGAACGAGUUAUAAUAUUUCAGCAUAUAUAGCAUUUUAAUUCUACUUUCGUGGGCUCAGUCACCCUUAAAACCGGAACGCAACAGUACUAAGUAUUACUACUAACAUUUGGUGAGUGGGUGGUACCCACCCAGACGGACCUGCACAAAGCUCAAUUCUUACAAUCAUUGUUUUGGGUCAACUAUAUAUAAGCUAGUGCUUCACUGUUAUCCUGAUGGGAAGGAGUACCGUCUAAGGUGGCUUGAAGGCACCCAUAUUGUAGGUGGUGGGGAAAAUGGAGGUCGGAAGGGUAUUCCAGACCUUAGCGGUACGUAUAACAAACGAGGAAGCAAAUCGUUUCGUUCGUGUCAUAAGGGUGCAGAUCUUGUCGAUGCCUUACAGUUCUGUGGUAAAAAGGUGAUGGGGGAACCAAAUUAAAUAGUUCUUGAGCACAUAUGUACUAGUACUAAUAGUAUUAUCGUUAAAAAAAAACAAACAUCAACUUGUAUAAUUUUAUUUCCAGUUAUAAACUUAGCACAUAUUAUUGUAGACAAUUUCAUAUUUCAGCUAUAUAUUUACACACUUCAACUAUGAAUUCAAACUUAUUUACAAUUAUCAAGAACAAUACAUUCAAAAUAUUGCAAAACAAUUAAACUCAAAUAUAUUCAAUAUGUAUUACAAAAUCAAUAUAUAUUUGAGAACAAACCAAUUUUUAUUUUACUUUAUAAAUAAUGACAAAGUAAUGUAUAGUAAAACAUAAGUAGAAAUAUAAAUAAAUGUAAAAUUAUAUUACUCAAAUCAUAUCCUGCACUGGCUAAGCUUUUAUUAAGUAAACUAGAAUCUAAACAUUAAUUAAUACUGCUUGAGUGAGCUAUAUAAUUUAAUGUAAUUAAAUGCUGUUUAAGGAAUGUUUUGUGUCUAAAAAAAUGAGGUAUAAUAAAGAU